GAGAACGGAGAGCCCGUGAAAUCAGUCUGGAUCAUCGAGAGUGAAAGUGCUGCUGCUGGCACGUCCCUCGCUAACGGCAUCCUUCACGACCGACUUGAUUGAAGUCGAUAUGACGAAAAUGUAACGGAAUUACGAGUCUUUUUUUACCAUGUAGCUGAGGUUACGGGAUAUCGUCCUGCUGGUCGGGGAAAGUACUUUGAGAAUCAAUCUUAUUUUAUUUCUCAAUUUUUUUCUACUCUUCUCGUGACAUAACUUAUUUAUUGAUCUCAUUUCACUCCGUGGCUCUUACGAUGUGGGGAAGUGGGCAGCACGUCGUUGGAUUGAGACACAUAUCGGCAAAAGAGAGGUCAAAACCGCGACUAAAAAGUGAUCCAGCCGAGGAGAUAAAGUGUUGUGCAACUCCGGGUGGUCGUGAUGGUGGUGACGAUGACGAUGUUACGACUUUAAGAAGACGGAUUGGAGGACGAAUCGUGUCCGGGUGUAAUCUUGGUCCUUGUCAAAGCAAUAAAUUAUCAUGUCUAUUGUUGUACUUGUUGCUUCACUAUUUUGGAGCUAAUGCUGCCGAAGCGGAGAACAUACCGUUGGGGGUCGUGUUUGACCAAGGCUCUGCCGAAAUCCAGACCGCGUUUAAAGUCGCUCUUAUGACCUUUACCCCGUUAAACAUCACGUUUGAAGGGACGGGGUCAAAUCUCAGCGUGCGACGGAGCUAUGGAAUGAACGCUUACGUGGAUACCAUCAAUACCGCAGAUGCUUUCAAACUUUCUAAAUUAAUUUGCAACCAGUUUUUCAGAGGUGUCUAUGCCAUCGUGGGCAGCAUGAAUUCCGAGUCUUUCGAAACCCUGCACUCCUACGCAAAUACGUUCGAGAUGCCAAUUAUUACUCCUUGGUUCCCGACGAGUUUGGUGAAAGUAUCAAAAUACAAAAUCCGUCAAAGCCUUUACGAGAACCCGGCCAUGAGCAUGGACGUUUUCGGUGAAAAUGAAACUGCGUCUGUGACGAGGUCGCCCCUGAUAAAUGAGACCGUGCAGAGGGAGUUGGAUUCCUUGGGGGGUGACGAGACGGGGAGGAAGCGACUCAUGGACCGAAUUGUGGACGAGGUGCUGGCCAGAGAGAAGAAGAAGGUCGAUUUUGCGACGAGGAUAAGACCAGAUUUGCAUAAAGCGUUGCUCGACACGAUUGCACAUUAUGGGUGGACCAAUAUCAUCUACAUGUACAACACCAACGAGGGGCUGCUCAGGUUGCAGUCGAUCUUCCAAAAUCUGGGCCUACAUAACGACUCGGUUCGUGUAACUGCCCUCAAAAAGAUAUCAGACGCGAAAGACGCCAUUUCGAUUCUUCGAAACUUGGAAGUUGCUCAAAGAUUUGAACAGAAGCACAUUGUACUUGACUGUCCCGUAAGUCUGGCCAAGGACAUAAUCAUUAGCCACGUACGAGACGUGCACUUGGGGCGGAGAACUUAUCACUACCUGAUUGCCGGCCUGGCGUUUGACGAGCCGUGGGAAAAUUCCGUGGUGGAAUUUAGUGCAGUGAACAUUACCGGAUUCCGCAUGGUCGACACUGGGCGAAAGUAUGUGAAAGACUUUCUGAGCAAAUGGGCCGUCCUGGACUCGCGACAGUUCGACGGGGCUGGGAGGAGGACGAUAUCGGCGAAUGCGGCAUUUAUGUAUGACGGGAUGCUGGUAAUCAAGGAGGCUUUCUCCACCGUGUUACUCGAUCAUCCCUCCCUUCUGAGAAAGAAUGCGAGCAGGAAGCUCUCCUGUAACAGCAACGGAGGAGACUUUUUAACGUCGAGAGUUAAUCCCUUCGAGAAUGGGAAACUUAUCAACUCAUACUUGCGAAAGGUUAAAACGACGGGGCUCACGGGACAUAUUGAAUUCAAGGAGGGAAGCAGAAAGAAUUUCACGAUCGACGUGAUGGAGACUUCGGUCAGUAAUGGGGUCAAAAAGAUUGGACAAUGGUCCGACGUUUACGGGUUUUCGAUGGGAGCUCGGCCCAAACACAGGAAAAAUUAUCACGGGGGACCAGAUCCGAAUAAAGUUUAUAUUGUGACGAGCAUCCUGGAAGAGCCCUACUUGGCCUUCAAGAAGGCAGAAAAGGGCGAAAAUCUUACCGGCAACGAUCGGUACGAAGGCUUCUGCAAAGACAUGGCGGAUGAGAUCGCGAAGAGUAUGAAUAUUCAGUAUGAGAUUAGGUUAGUUCAGGAUGGGAAGUAUGGGUCUGAAAAUCCAGCCGCUCCUGGAGGGUGGGAUGGAAUGAUUGGAGAACUGAUUCGCCACGAGGCUCACGUCGGGAUUGCAUCACUCACAAUCACUGCCGAAAGAGAAAGAGUGGUGGAUUUCACCAAACCAUUUCUAAAUCUUGGGAUAUCGAUAAUGAUUUACAAGCCGAAAAAGCCAAACUCUGGGGUAUUCGGUUUUAUGAGUCCGUUAUCACUCAACACGUGGUACUGCGUGAUCCUGGCGUACUUUGGUGUCAGUGGGAUCCUCUUCGCGGUCACACGGUUUAACGAGAGGGACUGGAUCCCUGACAUUCCUGGCCGCGUGGUGCACCAGUUCUCCAUGCCGAACGCGUUGUGGUUCUCUUUAGCAGCGUUGUUCCAACAAGGGAGCGACAUCUCGCCGAGAUCUUUGGCAGGACGAGUUGUCGGGAGCGUUUGGUGGUUUUUUACCCUGAUUCUGAUUUCGUCUUAUACUGCUAAUUUUGCUGCUGUGAGAACGGUAAACAGGAUGAUUCUGCCCAUAAAAAAUGCAAAGGAUUUAAGUGAACAGACCAACAUUCGUUAUGGAACGCUGUUGGGUGGGAGUACGUACGAGUUUUUUAGGAGGUCCGAGGUUCCAAAUUAUAAGAGAAUGUUCGAAUUUAUGAGUGGCCCUCAGCAGGCAAACGUGAAAGCUUACAGUGAUGGGAUCAAAUUAGUGAGAGAAAUGAAAGGAAAAUAUGCGCUUUUGAUCGAAUCUCCAAAGAAUGAUUACACAAAUCAACGCAAACCUUGCGAUACGAUGAAAGUGGGACCAAAUCUGGACUCGAAAGGAUUUGGGAUUGGAACACCGUUAGGAUCUCCACUAAAGCAUCAAAUAAACUUGGAAGUCCUCCGCCUAAAAGAAAACGGUGUUCUUAGCAAGUUAGAAGCAAAAUGGUGGUUCGAGCGGAGUGAAUGUGACGUGUCUAACAAGCAAGAGACCGCAACGGGAGAUGAAGAGCUUUCCCUGGGAAGUUUGGCCGGAAUUUUCUACAUAUUAAUUUUUGGCCUCUGCGUAGCAAUGAUAACAGCCCUUCUAGAGUUUGUCUAUAAUUCGAAGCAGACAGCUCAGGAGUCAAAGGUUGCAUCCUCUUAUUGCCAGGAUUUUGAAUCUUACACUUACCGAAGCUAUGAAGAGGUUAUCGAGGCAUACGAUCCUUCCUGGGGGAAAUCCGAACCACUCUCAAUAACGGAAAGUUAACAUAAGCCAGAUUUUCCUCGAAAAUUUUACAUUUUCAUAUAGCCAACUUUCUUCACCUUCCUUCUCAUAUAUUAAUUGUCACUUGGAUUUUAAAAAUGUCACCUUAAUUCUAUUCUACCUGACUCCUUUCCAUCAUGCCAUACCUUUAACUAUAAUAUGUCACACCAUUUUAUGUCAAAUUGUGUAACUAUUUAACCCAUUUUAUGCCACAAUUUUGAAAUAAAGUCAUGAUUAUACUGCCACUUA